CACAGGAAAACCAACAGGAGAGAAGUGGCAGCUUUUUUUUUGCUUCUUGGCAGGUACAAAAGCUAAACUAUUUUAUAUUAAAAGGUCACAGAGUGCCUUAAAACCAGUCAUAUAUAUAUAUAUUUUUACAUUUUACAACUUUUACAUGUGAUCUAAUGUUUUUGAUGCCUUUUGCAAGCUCAUGUAAAGUUGAAUUAUUAAUGCUUUGGUUAUGUUUGCCACAUUCUGGGGUUCAGUAUUUUUUUUAAAACUAUUAUGGUGUUGUAAGAAAGAAGAGUUGGCAAGCAUGGUUAAGUGAAAAUUACUGUCAGGUUUAUUAUCAACCAUAUUUAUGAGAGGGACAAGAUGAAGUUAUCAUCUUAAAAGCUCUGCCAGUAAACAGAUAACACACCUGUUUUAUAGAAUCAGUAUAAGGAAAACAAAUUAAGAAAACAAACUGAGGCUAUGUGGAUCUAGUGAAGAAAAUUUCUCUGAGAAAAACGUCAGCAUGUUGAGUAAGACAAAUUUCCCUCUGACAAAAAAUAACAUCAUGAAAUUACUCUACCUUCAAACUAUUAAAGUCAUAAUGUUUUACACUUGUAGUAAAAGCUUUCCACCACAUUGGUCACAUGUUUCACUGUAAAAUCCAGCGUUGGCAACGGCUACAAAGAAAGGCGUGCCAUCCACCAGACAGAGUGAGACUAUUUUCAUUUACAAGCUGCAGGUCCGAAAUGAAGCGCUCUGCUCUACUUGUCUUCAUUCUCAACUCCUAUUUUGUCUUCUCUCAAAAGCCCCAUGAAAUAACCUAUUUUGUGGGCUGCUUUGACGAUGGCAACACCGACAUACAGUCUGAGUUUGACGGCGAUCAGAUUUUAUACAUUGAUUUCCCAAAGAAGGAGGUUGUGUUCACUGUGCCACCUGUUAUAGCUCCUGAUCCACAAAAACUUUUGGGUGGAUUUCAUAUCCUAAAAGAUGCUCUGGAUAAUCAAAAAUUUUGUCCACCUAUAGGUGAAUUGGUUGAAUAUGAAAUGAAGCCCGUGUCUGAAGAAAAAGACCCUCCAGACAGCAUGAUCUUCCCGUCUAGGGAGGUAGAACCUGAUGUAGAAAACAGCCUCAUCUGCUUUGUGAAUAAUUUCUAUCCACCCUCCAUCAAAGUCAGCUGGACUAAAAAUGGCGUCCCAGUUAGGAGGGGAGUGUCUGUCGGUGACUACUCUCCUAAUAACGAUCAAACCUUCCGCCAGUUCUCAACUUUGACCUUCACACCGAGUGAGGGGGACAUUUACUCCUGCACUGUGGAGCAUCCUGCCCUGGAGACGCCGAAGACAAGAAUCUGGGAAGUUGAAUUUUACAACACAGAUCCAAGUCUUGGUCCAGACAUUUACUGUGGAGUGGGUUUGGGUCUGGGAGUGAUGGGGAUCACUGUGGGAGUGUUUUUUAUUGUCAAGGGACAACAAGCGAACUGAUUUAUCUGAUGUUAAACAUGAUUAAUAUGGACGGUGGAGUAAAAUAACAUGCAUAUUUUCAUAUAUAACAACUUGAAUAAAAAAAAAUCACACUAAACAAUUUAUCACCUUUAAACUCUAUGUAGCGUUUCUCUUGAACUUGCUUUAUCAGACGUAAAGCCUGCAUAUUUGUAAAUAUUUUAGUGGUUAUUCAUCUGUGAAAUCAGCUAUUCAAGCUUUUUGCCAUGGAUGACAAAAUUAUAGUUGACUAGAACCACUCACAGGUCACAUUACAUUUUUAUAAUUUUUACAGUUUUUCUCAGUUGCUUUAUUGCAUUUCUCAGAAUUGUUGUUCAAUCUUCAAAUCGUUGUGUCACUUCUGCACAUCAAGAAACCAGUUUCUGGUUCCUUUGGGCAAGUUGCAAAGGUAUGUGGACAUCCAGGCAAGUGAUUAAGUACAAUUUUCUGCUUUUUCCUACAUUUUUAAUUGCCUUCGUCAUGUUGAUCAAAAUGUAUUAUAUGGGUCUCUGUUGAGUGGUCUCAACCUACACAACAUGAGCAUAGGUUUGUAGGAUUAAGUCUUUACAUGCAAAAUGCUUGAACAAGAUGUGAAAAUAUGUCAAGCGUCUUUCUAGUUCCAUUAUGCAUUUAUUUUUUAUUUUUACUGAACUUAUAAAUUGCUCCCAGAUGCUUAAAUGUGUUAAACAUUAGAUCAACCAAUAAUAAACUAGUUUUCUGAAACAACUCAAAAGUACCAUGAACCAUCACAUUCCAGAAAUGCACUGACGUCAUUGAGUAAAACCGAAAA